AGAGUCGAUGAGUUUUUCUGAACAAAGCAAUUCAACCCCGAACAGUUUGCUGCAGAACAAUUACCCUCGUGUUUUCAUCAGGUUUCUCCUUCGCUUUGCGAAGGCUUUAACACUCGGCAACCGAGCAGAAUUUAAAUUAUGGUGUAAAGGACAAAUUCCGGGUUCGAAGCUAGACAUCAACCCGGUUGAUGAUGGCGAUUUCAUUGCUUUGAUCGAGUCUCUUCUGGAAUCCAACAUAGUUACCCUCACAGACUUGUCGCUACUUGAAGAAUUUCUUAUUACCGUUGACUGUCGCGAUUUGCUGGAAUCAUUGAAGGAAGUCGAGCUACAAAUCUCUCUUAGUAGUAUAAUUGAAGUUUACAUAAAAUCGGUGAAAGACCUCCGCCGUGGCGCGCCUAUGAAACUUUCCUGUGAUCAAGCGAACAUCGUAAAGUUUCUCCUGGCAGUUAAAGAAAGAAACGAGGACGUGAUUUGUCUGGCCAUAAACCAACUGGAGAAAUUUGAAGAAGAUAGGAUUAUUCUGAAGAUUAUCGAGAACUCUAGUCCAGAGAUCUCUCAGCUAUCGUGGUCCAAGUUCAUGUCUUAUUUGGUGUUUAUUGGCGAGUUCUGUGCUUCGUUUAGUUGGCCACCUACACAGUUGCCCGAUGUUAAAGCGGAUGGUUGCUAUAUGAGUCUCUUCUCGAACACCAACACAUGCAAAUCACUUUCGAAAUGGAUGCUUAAAAACGGAGGUCUGGAAGCGUUUCAAGAAUUCAUCAAAGAAAAACAACAAGUUACUAUCAGUGAUUCUGUUUCAUCGUCUAAUGGAGACAUUUUAAAAAAAACCAUCGAGCUGCUUGGAAAUCGCAUAGAUUUGCAAUGAAGCAAUUUCACUAUGGAAAUAUGAAAUGAUGAACUUGUAGAUUCGUUUUAUGAUA